AUGGGUGAGUGCAAGGGAACAUGCUCUGUUCCUGUGGAUUCUAAUGAAGAAAACAGAGCAGUCCGUCAAAAUCCGAAAUGGCUGUUCCUCAUAUUCCUCCUCUUCUUCUUCUUCUUCUCUCCCUCCCUAUCCCACCCACAAACCAACGUAGCCGGCCUUUUGUGCGGCUCCUCAAACCAGGACACCGUCCCGGACUUCCUUCCCAAUUUCAUUGUUGCAAUGGAAAAAGUCUCCAAGGAAGUCAAUGAAUCAAGAUGGGCAGCCCAGUCCGUGACUUCGCCGGCUCCUGAGAUCUUCACCUAUGCCCAGUGCUAUGACUUUCUCUCCCACGACGAUUGCGUAGCCUGUCACAGUGAGAGCCGGACAGAGCUCCCCAGAUGCCUUCCAGCCAACUCAGCCCGCAUUUAUCUUGACGGUUGCUACCUUCGCUACGAUAACUAUAGCUUCUUUGAGGAGGCGGUUGACAAAUACCGUGAUAUGGUCAAGUGUGGGAAUCCCGGCGGCGUUACCAGAGACCAGUACAUCGGACGGGAGUUCGCGAAUAGGGUUCAUCAAGUCGUUCACAAUGUGGCGAAGACGGCGGUGAGGGGCGUGGGGUUCGCAGCGGUAUCGCAGAAGGGAGGAGUGGAGGCUGUUUAUGCAGUGGCUCAGUGCUGGACGACACUGAACCCUGAUGGCUGCAAGAAGUGCUUGUCCAGUGCAGUGCAGAAGGUGAUUUCGUGCGCGCCCGCCCCGGAAGGCAGGGCUAUGAAUGCUGGUUGUUAUUUGAGAUAUUCUGCCGAGAAUUUCUAUGGUAGUGGCAAUGACAAUGGCGUUCUUUAUACCAAAUCAGAGUCGCGUGCCUUUGUCAUCAUCAUAGUAGGCAUUUUGUCAGUAAUUGCCUUAUUUUUCCUUGCUCUCAUUGGGGCUUUUUUAGGCUAUACGAGAAUAUCAGAUAGGAAAAGAGAGCGAAAAAAUCUAGCAGACAUUUCAAUUUCUGUGCACAAGUCUGACUUGAAUUACAAGUAUGAAAUGCUGGAGAAGGCCACCGAUUCAUUUGAUAGCUCGAGGAAAUUAGGCCAAGGUGGAGCUGGUUCUGUGUUCAAGGGGACUUUCCCUGAUGGGACAAUUGUUGCGGUUAAAAGAUUGUUCUUCAAUACGCGGCAAUGGGCGGAUGAGUUCUUCAAUGAGGUGAACUUGAUCAGAGGCAUUCAACACAAGAACCUUGUUAGGCUUUUGGGUUGCAGCAUUGAGGGCCCAGAAAGCCUUCUAGUUUAUGAAUACCUGCCCAACAAAAGCCUAGAUCAAAUCCUUUUCGGUGACAACACGUUCCUUCUCCUAACCUGGCAGAAGCGGUUUGAUAUCAUCUUCGGAGUAGCAGACGGCCUCGCAUAUCUUCAUGGAAGUUGUGGAGAAAAAAUAAUCCACAGAGACAUAAAAACCAGCAAUAUUCUCCUUGAUGAGAAUCUUACUCCAAAGAUCGCUGAUUUUGGACUUGCUCGAUGUGUUGCGCCAAAUAAAUCUCAUAUUAGCACUGGAGUAGCAGGCACAUUGGGAUAUAUGGCUCCUGAAUAUCUUGUUCGAGGACAACUAACAGAGAAGGCAGAUGUUUAUGCUUUUGGAGUUUUGGUUCUGGAGAUUGUAAGCGGUAGGAAGAACAGUGUUUUCUCGCAAGGGUCUUCAGUUUUGCUCUCUGUUUGGAGGAAUUACAAGGCAAAGAAAAUUACUGAAUCUGUUGAUCCCGCCUUGGAAGGUAUAUAUUCUGUGAGAGAGGCAUCGAACGUGCUUCGAAUCGGGCUUCUUUGCACGCAAGCUUCUGCUGCACUAAGACCAUCCAUGUUUGAAGUGGUUGAGAUGCUAAGCGAUGAAGAAUGUGUCAUCCCCUCACCCAAACAACCUCCAUUUUUGAAUGCUAGUGUCCUCAGUUUGGAUGACACCACCACUGCUUAUCCUACAAUAGUUCAAACUGGCAAACACACAACUGAGCGGUUCUCUUCAUCCAACAAUAAGCCCUCAAAUGGGAAAUCAGCAGCUGAAGUGUCCACUCUUUAUAGUGCAGAGUCCGCCAGUAUGGACAUUCCUGGAUCAAAUAGUCUUUCAAGAUUUCAAGCAUUUGAGCCGAGCUAG